AUGGUCAAGACCAGCAUUUUCGCCGUGGCUGCUGUGUACGCUCUGGCCAUCUGUUGGCCGGCUAGCGCCGCGGACAACACUACGUCUAUGACAUCGUCGUCGUCCAGCGCCUCGAGCUCGACUAGUAAGCGCCCGCUCGUGCAGACGACCGACGCUGGAAGUGCUGUGUACACAGCGCCGGCGGCGUUCCCUACGUCCGAGUUCCCUUCCAUGGACUUUAUGCCUACGGGCCAGGAGGCUGAGCCACGCCCCCACAUUACGCGUGUAGGCGGCGGCGACUUUAGCGAUAGCCUCGUGAACCCCAUGAGCCUCCCUUCUGCGGCCCCAUCGACGGAGGCCGUCUACCCGGAGCCGUCUCCUAGCUACACGGCGCUGGCGUCAAGCAACUCGUUCCAGGACGAGGCGAUGAAGAACUUGACAGCCAUCAUUGAGGACCAGAGCAUGAGCUCGUGUGACCGUUGCCGUUCCGCCCUGCGUCUCGGCCAGCGCCUGGCGUGGGCGAAGCCGUCGGCGAUGCCGGGCCUCAUGACGGAUCUGUGCAAGAAGUACAAGUACGAGUCGCGUCCCACCGUCGACCUUGGCUGCGAGUUGACGUUUGGUCCGGCGCAGUGGGGUAGCGUGUAUGCGCAGGUGCUGAGCUACGCCAACUUCUCGGAAGGCUCGACGACGAUCGACUACAUGUGCGCCUCGGCCAUCAAGGGCGGUUCGUGUGACUUUCCUCAAAUGAAGGUGCUUUCGUCUGAUUUCCUCAACGACUGGUUCAAGGGCAAGCCGACGCCGCCUGCGGAGGUCGUGAGCCGCAGCAAGAAGGUCGGCCCGAAGCGCGACACGCCGCUGCGUGUCUUCCACGGCUCGGAUUUCCACGUGGACCCACGCUACUUGCUGGGCUCCGAGGGCAGCUGCAACAGUGGUCAGUGCUGCCGUGCUGACAGCUACAACACGACGCUCUGGUCGCAGACGCAGUUCGCCCCUGGCUCGCUCCCGAAGGCCAACAUCUCGCAUCCGGCCGACUACUGGGGCUACUACCAGUGUGACUCGCCCUGGUCGCUCGUUGCCGCUGGUAUGGAAGGCAUCUCGGGUCUGCAGAAGGAGGCGCCGCUCGACUUGGCGCUGUACACAGGUGACUUGACGACGCACGACUCGGAUGCGCACAUCUCGCAGGACCUCGUGAAGUACUCGGAGCAGUCGCUCUACGACAUGUUCCACCGUCACCUUGGCAACACGACGAUGGUCGUGGCUCUCGGCAACCACGACUCGUCGCCCGCUGACCUGGCAGCACCCAGCAGCCUGCCGGAUGGCCGCGCUAACCAGCUUAGCUGGGACUGGGACAAUGUGGCCGCGCUCGUCAAGUCCGAGGGCUGGGGCAACGACUCGACUGCGGAGACGAUCCGCACACACUACGGCGGCUACUCUGUCUCGCCUCGCCAAGGUCUGCGUGUGAUUGCGCUGAACAGUGACUUCUGGUACCACGGCAACCCGAUGACGUUCCUGAACCUUGACGACCCUGAUCAAAGCGGCACCCUGCGCUGGUUCACCGACGAACUCCAGGCCGCCGAGGAUGCGAACGAGCGUGUGUGGAUGGUGGCUCAUGUGCUUACGGGCUGGAGCGGUGGCGACGGUGUGGACAAUCCGACGAACCUGCUGUACGAGAUCGUGUCGCGUUACAGCCACACGAUUGCGGCCAUCUUCUUCGGCCACACCCACGAGGACGAGUUCCAGAUCUGGUACGAGUCAAGCAACGGCAACUCGAGCUCGGUGAGCCGCAAGACGCAGGAUGCACGUGCGAUUGGCUUCAUUGGCCCCUCGCUCACGCCACUGACCAACGUGAACCCGUCGCUGCGUGUGUAUGACGUGGACCCGGAGACGUAUGAGGUGAUGGACUACUCGCAGUACUACACGCAGCUGCAGGACAAUGAGAGCCUGACGAAGACCGGUCCUGUGUGGCACUUGCUGUACAAGGCGCGUGAGACCUACAGCAACUUCUCGGCGACCGCCGCGGAUGGCUCGUACGCUGCGCCCGUCGCUCUGCAGAACGGCGCAUGGCCGGCCGAUGCGCCUCUCAACGCCUCGUUCUGGGCCGCCCUGACCGACGAAAUGGAGAAGCGCCCUGAGCUUGUGGAACUGCACCAGCUCUACCAGGGCCGCAACAGCCCUCGCUCGCCGCAGUGCAGCACCGAAGCGUGCCAGAAGGCCAAGGUGUGCUACAUGCGCAGCGCCUCGUCGAACCUCGGCCGCAGCUGCCCGAAGGGCUACGGCUCUGUGCAGAGCAACUAG